AUAUUAUAACUGCGUCCGUCUCUCCGACUUCUAUUUCCUGCGAGACGCCCGAGUCUCUCUCUCUAACUCUUCCAGACCGAUUCGACUCAUUGUUGCAUCCAUGUUCAUCCUCAAAGUCCACUCAGUGGACACCAACAAACCCCUGUUCUUCGACUUGUCAAAACGAUCGAACCCUAACCCUAAAUUCAGCGAACGCCGUGGAGUGUUGCACCUCUAUGGAAGUACGUCGCAAACCUCGCUGCCAAGCCCUAGCUCUCGAUCCACUCUACUUUUCGUGAUCGCCGUCCCCAACUACCUAUCCACCGAUGAUUUCAUCCGAUUCUGCGGCUCCUUCAUCGACCACGUUAUCGGGCUCGUCUUCAUCAGGAAUGAUGGGAUGGAAGAUCGAUAUAGCGUCUUAAUCAAGCUGGAUGAUCAGUCUACAGCUGAUGAAUUUUAUGACAGCUUUAAUGGGAAGCGGUUUUCUCCUUCAGAGGCUGAGGUAUGCCAUAUUCUUUUCAUGCUCUCUGUGGAAUACACAGAAUCAGCUGAGAUCGCUUGUAUUCCUCCUAAUGGGUUCACAGAACUUCCCACCUGUCCCAUCUGUCUUGAGAGAUUGGACCCUGACACAAGUGGAAUAUUGGGUACUCUUUGUGACCAUUCAUUUCAAUGCUCAUGCCCAUCAAAAUGGACCUAUCUGUCUUGCCAGGUCUGCCGAUUUUGUCAGCAGCAGGAUGAGAACCCAACAUGUUCUGUUUGUGGAACACUUGAAAUUCUAUGGGUUUGCAUUAUAUGUGGUUUUGUUGGAUGUGGAAGAUAUAAAACACAACAUGCUAUAAAGCAUUGGCAAGACACACAGCAUCGUUAUUCUCUUGAUUUAAGAACAAAGGAAAUUUGGGAUUACGUGGGUGACAAGUACGUUCAUCGACUAAACCAAUCAAAAUCCGAUGAAAAAAUGGUUGAUAUGAACACCUGUUGUUUGUCGGGGGAAGGAGAUUGUGGUACUUGUGGACAUAGCGAAGAUCCUGGAAUCAGCGGGGCCCUCUUCAGCAGCAAAGUCGAAGCGAUUAUGGACGAGUACAACCAUCUUCUAGCAACUCAACUGGAGACUCAGAGACAAUAUUAUGAAUAUCAACUUGUAGAGGCCAAAAGUAAAAUAGAGAGUUUGAUAUCAGAAGCAGUAGAGAAGGCUGUGACUUCCAGGAUGCAGGAAAUUCAACUUGAAUUGGAAAAGUGUGAAGGGGGAAAAAAUUAUGUUGCAAAUAUUAAUCGAGACCUCAUCAAGAACCAAGAAAUUUUCCGCAAGAAAGUUAAGGAUACUGAAGAGAGGGAAGCUUCAUCAUUAAGGUUGAAGGAUGCGAAGAUACUGGAUCUUGAAGAACAGAUCAGAGAUCUUACUGUUUACGUUGAAGCCCAGAAAACGCUUGGUGACAUGACAGAUGAUAUUCGAGGCGGGACGCUCUUACCAGUGCCAUCAACGAAAUCUUCUCCAGCAAGCACCAAAAAGCACAUGAAGUCUCGAAGGCGGAAUUAGAUUAACAAUCUUUUCUGACAUAGAACAACUGAUUCUGUACAGUUUAAGAUGCUGCUAUUUGCCUGAUUAGUUUACAUUACUGUUAAUAUGUCUUCUCUCAUUUUCAAGAUCGUAGAGCACUCGGAUUGUCGGAGUCCUUUCAUGUGCAGUUCAUGGUUCCAAUGUGUUUAGAUAAUCUUGUGUUCCAAAGUAAAAUACAGAUUCUACCAAUAUUGAUAGAUUAAUCAAUGUUGGAUCCAGCCUCUUCUUAGCUCGACUUCCAUCUGGGUCGUUUCAGAGAAAAAGUGAGCAAAUAGUUUCAAGUUUUCUUU